AUCUGGAAGAAACGGCACUCUGCACAUGGCCCGGGGAGCCUUUGACCAAGAGGAAGCUGCCUGGCAAAGGACCCAAGCAAUAGGUCCAUAGCGUGCCUUUCAGUCUAGAAGGUGUCCAAUUGCAUGCAUUCUGCAAUAUAUUAUAAGAAAAGGCACUCUGCACAUGCCCUGGGGAGCCUUUCUUUCUGCCAAGGAGCUUGGCUGGAGCUCCUCCCCUUAAGAAGGAAGGAAGGAAGGAGGGAAGGAAAGAGAGGGAGAGAAAGAAAGAAAGAAAGAAAGAAAAGAGGAGGAGCAACAGAGAAGAGCUGGAGGCAGGAAGGAGCUGGAGCAACGCUGUUGCAGAAGGCGACUGUGUUAUGGCGGCCAAACCAAUGGAUCCCACAGAGCCGCCGGACGUGGAAGACGCGGGAGAGGAGUUUUCAAGGAAGAAAAAGUCCCGGUUCCAGAGUUUCAAGGACUUCUUUGCCAAGAAGAAGAAAGCCCGGGCGGGUCCGGCGUCCUUGGGAGAGGCCAAGAUGAAGCCCAGCCAGUCCAGCUCCGACCUGGCGGCCACGGACUCCGGACCCGGCUCGGUCCACUUGCCGACGGAGCCCACAAUAUCCAAAGGGAAGAUGGGAAACAAAGCCUUAUCGCACGACAGCGUCUUCAUUUGCGAAUCGUUGCCCGAUGUAGCCGACAAAACAGCCUCGGAGGAAGGCCUUCCAGGGCUGCAGCUUCGGUUACAGUCAAAUCUUCGUCCCGGCUCGCCCGCGCUUGUCAUCCCUGGCAAAAGGGCAGACGCCGCCGGUGCCAUGUCGGAAGAUGACGGCUUGCCUAGAAGCCCUCCGGAGAUCUCAACUCUCCACGACGUCCUGGCCUGUUCCACGAGUGAGCCUUCCAACCCAUUCCAGCGCCAAAGCUCUUUGAGUUUAGACAGUGAAGAUGGCCAGGUCGCCUCCGAAUCCGCCUCCAGACCUCUCAGCCCAGCAGUUCUUGGGAAUCCUGUCUUACCAACGGGACACUUUGUUCCGGCCGAUUUCAACAGUCCGGCCACUCCAUCGAGCUGCUUGGACACCUCGGCCGCCAGGCACAAGAUGGCCGUGAAUCCGCGGCGGCAGAAGGUCUUUGCCAACAAAACACUUUUCAUGGAACGGCUAGAGAAGGAGGAAGGCUCUUUUGGAACCGCCGAAGGGGAACCGAGCCCACCAGAACCGCCCGAAGGUGUGGAAAGACAGGAUUGGAAAGGCCUUUCAGCCCAGGAUGCAAAGACCCCAAGUUGGACUAACAACGUAUUGCCCAUGACGAGGGUGGCCGAUGCUUUGCGCUAUUCCUGGAAUGCCGGACCCGGCGCAGAUGGGGAUUGGCGUCUUGCUUUGGAGACGGACAAGGAGACCGCUGUGCAGGUGGAUUUCCGGAAUGAAGAAAAAGAGGAUAUGGAGGAGGAAAGGGUGAGAAGAACGGAUGGCCUCAAACACCAUGAAGGUGCCGAAUCUUUACCGCUGGAGGCAGAAGCUGCUACGCUUGGCGAUUUGCCAUUUUUGGUUAUGUCUGGAGAUGUUCCAGGAAGGGACCAUUAUCAACCAUUAUCGUCUUGCUCGCAGCUGGAAGACCAAGACUCAAGGAGUGGUAUUGAUACAAAAUAUGGUGAGAAAGCAGGAGAUAGGACUUGGAACGGUUCUUGGAGCCCGGUGUCCGAUUCUGCAGAGUUCGUUCCUUCACCAGUUUCAGAGUCUUUGUCCGAGGCAGAGGAGAUCUCCACCUUUGAAGACGUUCCAGUGGUCAAAGAAGAAGCGAGAGAAUCUGUUGAAGAGACGGAACUGUUUGGAGGCCACACGCAACCAGAUGAUGCCGAAGUAGAAGAACCUCCGCUCUUUCCCUCCGCCGAUCCUUGUACCUCUCCUUUGAGAAAAAGUCCAGGAAGGCAAGAAGAAAACACGAGUCAACGAUCAUUGAAUCGUCCUUCGUUUCCUCUGGAAGCUGCUGAGAUGCCUCCUCAAAGCAUCAUCGCUCUUGAUAAUGACGCUAUCGAGCCGACGGGAAAGGUGAAAAUUGGGGAAGAAAGUAAAAAUACCGAUAUAGAUGUCGAGAUGCAAGCAAAGUGCGUUUCUGCCAAGCCGGUCAGGUUCACCAUUGCUCCAGCUUGGCAGCGGUCACUCUCGGGAGGCUCGAGCUCAACGGACAGUGUUUGCCUCGCAAGCUCUCCGUCUUCUCCUCCCAUCAAACCAGAACUGUUUGAAGGAACACCUCGAGCGGACUCCGCUUUGCCAGGGUGUUUAUUCAGACUUGAGAGGAGUAAAAGCAUCACGAAUCCCGCGACCGAGCGGCCCAACAAGGCGUCGCGUGGCCAGGAGAGCCCGUUUGGGGUGAGGCUGAGGAGGACCUCUUCUCUCCUCAAAUACCAGGCGGAGCCGCAGCGUCAGGAGGCACCAAAACAAGCUCCAUCGUCGGCGUCUUCCGGAGCCGCCUCGGUCUUGGUCAAAGAAGAGCCAAAAGCACCCGUUUCUGAGACUCCACCGCCAAAGAGAACGACAGGCAGUGCCAAGGGUUUGGCAGCAAAAUCUAUCUUCAAGGAAGAGAAAAAGUCCCUCAAGGCCAAAGCAGAAGAAGGGACAACAAAGCAGCAGAUGGGCAGAGCUUCAGAGCAAAGCCCGUCCGCACCUUUGGAAACGCCGUCGCCUGAACCGGCAUGGAUUUCGAUGGCAAAACUCAAACGGAGAGGCUUCCAGGGCCUCCCUCUCGUCCAAGGACAGAAAAGAGGCGAGAAAACUUUGGCCAAAGCAGAACAAGCCGAGGAGGAGAAGCACACUGGACUUUCACCGCAGGAAAAGCACUUGAAUCUUCCUGUAUUGAAAAACAGCAUCCCGCUCCAUGUCCUUGAGACGAAAGCACAGCCAAAGAGGACCACGUCGGCUCCAAAAGCAAAGCCCAUCAGAGCGUCUUCUCGGGAGGCCCAUCCGACGGAGAAGGAACCACGUCCGUUGCCGAGCCUGCCGCUCUCUUCUUGCGGAAGCCCUUCGGAGCCGCCGUGGCUUUCUCUGGCCAAGCAGAAGGCCAAAGCCUGGAGCGAGAUGCCCCAGAUUGUGCAGUAGCCGCGCCGGAGACUCUUUGCCCACCGGCCGCGUUAACAAGGCCUGAUAAUGUCUUCGCUUGGGAACGAGGAGCCACCUUCUCAUGUGUGGUCAUGCCAAAAAGUAUUUUGGAGACAUGUUUAACUCAAGCUAACCAUUGGCGUCCGUACGCUGAACGCUUUCUCUGGGAGGGAAUCGAUGCUUCAGGAAUGGUCACCCAAGGUCAGAGAUCCCACCAAGAAGAACAUUGAAGGGUUUCUCCUUCCAAAGAUUGUAUUUUCAAGGCAAGUUGGGCAGUAUUUCCACAGCACAAUGCUCCAAGAAUGGUCAGAGAUCCCACCAGGAAGGUUCUUGAAGGUUUUCUCCUUACAAAUAUUGUCUUUUCAAGGCAACUUGGGCAGUAUUUCCAUAGCAAAAUGCUCCAGGAAUGGUCACUGAAGGUCAGAGAUCCCACCAAGAAGGAUAGUGAGGAUUUUUUCCUUCCAAAUAUUGUCUUUUUCAAGGCAACUUGGGCAGUAUUUCCAUAGCAAAAUGCUCCAGGAAUGGUCACUAAAGGUCAGAGAUCCCACCAGGAAGGUUCUUGAAGGUUUUCUCCUUACAAAUAUUGUCUUUUCAAGGCAACUUGGGCAGUAUUUCCAUAGCAAAAUGCUCCAGGAAUGGUCACUGAAGGUCAGAGAUCCCACCAAGAAGGAUAGUGAGGAUUUUUUCCUUCCAAAUAUUGUCUUUUUCAAGGCAACUUGGGCAGUAUUUCCAUAGCAAAAUGCUCCAGGAAUGGUCACUAAAGGUCAGAGAUCCCACCAAGAAGAACAUUGAAGGUUUUCUCCUUCCAAAUAUUGUCUUUUCAAGGCAAGUUGGGCGGGAUUUCCUUAGAAAAAUGCUCCAGGAAUGGUCACCAAAGGUCAGAGAUCCCACCAAGAAGAAUAUUGAAGGUUUACUCCUUCCAAAGAUUGUCUUUUCAAGGCAAGUUGGGCGGGAUUUCUGCAGCAAAAUCCUCCAAGAAUGGUUACAGAAGGUCAGAGAUCCCACCAAGAAGGAUCAUGAAGAUUUUCUCCUUCCAAAUAUUGUCUUUUUCAAAGCAACUUGGGCAGUAUUUCCAUAGCAAAAUGCUCCAGGAAUGGUCACCGAAGGUCAGAGAUCCCACCAAGAAAGAUCUUGAGUCUUUUCUCUUUCCAAAGACUGUCUUUCAAAGGUAACACGGGCAGUAUUUCAGCAGCAAAAUGCUUCAGGAAUGGUCACCGAACAGAUGUCUUUUGGUGGAUCUCCAAAGUCUUCCAACUUGGCACUGGAAUUGGAGACGUCUCCGCUUUUUAUCUGGACGUUUUGCUCCGUUCUCGAGAAGCUAGGACUGAAAUGAGACUAACCUGAGACUAACCUCACCCUCACUGAUACUAAAUUUCCUUCGUAUCGGUGAGUUUGGUCUGUUAACUACUAAACCCCAAGGACACCAAAAACAGAGUCAGUUCCUGUUUAUUUGUUUGUUUGCUUUUCGUGUUCCUCCUCCAAUGUAUGUACAUACGGUUUUGUAAUCCUUGUAUUUUUUCCUCCUUUUUUUAGUUCAUUAUUAAAUACUGGUUAUUAUAAGAGA